AUGGAGUGGGCUCCCUCAACUGACGGCCGAGAACAGCGGGCUGGUAGACCAGAGUCUGGGCCAUCUGGGCUCAGUCCAGCCAAUUGGGGGACGGUGGACAAGGCCGAGGACGACCCGUUCUCGGCGGCCAACCCAACAAUUUCCAACACCUCGCCGCUGGCCGACCGGCCCAGCUUCAGCCGCUCUGAUUCGCGCUCCCACACGCCUUUCCUCGGCCUGCUUUUGCCCGCUACCAGGUCGCCUGUCAUCGCCCCCAGCUCUGUUGGUGCGCCCCCCGACGAGGCUCCGGUCCAGCUUCUAGAGUCCGUUCUCGCGCCCCACCCGCCUUCCCUCCCGGACCAGCCUUCGCCUCCAGAAGCCCUCUUUGAAGGCCAUCAGACCCAAACGGAUAGCCGUCUGAGCCGCGCCGAAGGCUCCGACGAGAUCGCCAUCGGUGCCAACACCCUCCCCGAGAGCAAGACACCCAACACACCAACUCGCAAAACCUCGAAUGCCUUGGCACGAUAUCCGGUAAUUGCAUCAUGGUCGAUUGCCUUUGAGGAUCCAUCAAAUACCCCAGCAGCACACGAGCGCUCCUUCAAAAAGGACCAGAAACCAUCAAAGUUUUUACCUGGCCUGGCGCAGAGGUCGGUCAUGUCAGCCGACCACUAUCGGACGUUUUGA